UUUUUUUUCUUAGAAAAAAAAAAAAAAAAAAAAAUGAAAUUAUUUAUAAUUAUUUGUUUAAUUGGUAUUGCAAUUGGCUUUCCGUACAUGGAAGAUACUAAUCAAAAUUGGGGAUUAGUUGUUGAUGAUGAUACUUCCGAGGACGAUAGCAAUUAUGAAAGCCGACCAAUAAGUUUAGACCCAAUUGCAUUCAGACCUAGUCCCGUGAAUAAGCCACCAAUGACGUCACCACCGAGUCAUGUUGAUCCACGACCCUCAGGACCAUUAGAUAUGAGUCUCCACCCAGCUGUAUGGAAUAAAAUGAACAAAGAUGCGAUUUAUUUUAGAGACUCUGAUGAUUAAAUAAUCAAAAUAAUGAUAUUAAAAAUAAUUAUUCAAAAAUUAUUAAUUUUUUGAAAAAAAAUAAAAUGUAAUGAAAUAAAUUAAACUAUCAAUAGAGUUCGGUACUUAAUACUUUUCUGUAGGCAAGUAAAAUAAAAAUUAAUCAA